CAACAAGCAACAUGAAGAUCUAUGGAAUAACUUUGGCAGUCAUUGCGAUCGCAGCUCUGGCGACACCAAGUGAAGCCACCUUUGGCAAGCUGGGUCUGGUGCUGGGCGCUGGAACCACCGGAGCUGGUGGCUAUGGCGGUGCCUAUCCCUAUGCUGGAGGUUAUGGCGGUGGCUAUAGCUAUGGUGGUGGCUAUGGAUCGGGCUAUGGCAACGAGAACGUAGUGAAGGUAAUCAAGGUGUCGGUGGUGCCUGGAAGCGGCUACUCUGGUGGUUACUCUGGCGGCUAUGGCGGUGGCUACAAUGGUGGCUACGGUGGUGGCUAUGGCGCUGGAUAUGGCGCUGGUUAUGGCGGCUUCGUUGGUGCAGCUCCUGCCAUUUCCACAUCGGCUGUUGUCACGCCAGUUGUCACCUCGGUGGCCACGCCCGUCAUCGCUGGCGGCGCCGGCGCUGUUGGUGUUGGAGCUGGCUAUGGUUAUGGCGGUCUGGCUGCUGGUGGCUUCGGUGGUGCCGCACUCCCGGCUAGCUAUGGCUUUGGUGCUGGCUAUGGCGCUGGAGGUGGCUUUGGACUUGGCUUUGGUGCGCCCGCAGCUCUGGGCGGUGGCGGCGGUUGGUGCUAGGCAGGCCAGACUGUACAUUCCCUUAUACUCAAGCAGCAGGCAAAAAUUCUUCCUUCCUUUUUUUUUUGGUAAUUUAAACGAAAUGUAAUACAAAUAAAUACAAUUAAAAUAAGCGCA